AUGGCGUCAGCGCUGCUGGUGACACUGGUGGCCGCGGUGGCCGUGCUGGGCUGGGGGGUGGAGGCCCAGUGCCCCUCGGCCUCGGACCUGCGCCUCGUCAACGGCACCCGGGUGUGCGCCGAGCUCUACGCCGACAACAGCCCCUACUACGAGCAGUGCUGCGCCGGGGACGUGCUGGUGGUGCUGCCGGGCAGCGACGUGCCCUACAUGCCCCGCGGGUGGGGCGACCGCGUCUCCUCCCUCGUGGUGGGCACCAAGUGCGAGCUCACCGUGUGGUCGCGCCGGGCCAAGCGCGGCAACUCGCGGAGCUUCAACGCGGGCGCGCAGCCGCGGCUGCAGGAGGUGCGCCGGGGCCUCUUCCACAACUGGAACGACGCCAUCCAGGGCUACUACUGCACCUGCAAGUGA